CUCGUUUUCCUCCUCCCCUUUUCCCUCAGCAGGCCUGCGCCGACAGCCCGACGCCCAUCCGUCACCCUACUCUCUCAGAUCUGCGCCAAGAGACGACCCGCCACCUCCCUCUCCCUGGCGCACCUUCUGCGCCCCGACGCCGCCAGGACCCUCCCAACGUCAUCCACACACCCUCCCAAGUGCCGCGCAGUGAUGGCCGAAGACCGCAAGCGACCGCCAGUGUCUGCACGGGGCGGUCUCUUUGUCCUGGGUGCUCCGGUGCUGGGCAUGACGCCUCGCCUGAUGGGGCUAUUUCGACAGCUCGACAUCUCCCGCACUGAUGCUGAGGAUGAGUUCGUCGAGUGCAUUGAGCCGCCAUUGCCGACUUCCAUUUCUGCAGCAGCCACGCCGCCCGCUGUUACCAACACGCCCGAGCCCAUCCGGCUCGUUGGCACGUGCCAGCGUCUGAUGUCGAAGCGAGUCGGCCGUCGACUCAAGGCCAAGAGAUACAGCAGCAGCCUGGUGGUGGCCAACCGGGGCGGCAGUGCGACGCCGGUGUCGAGCAAGGCCUUGGACACGCUCCUGCAAAUGCCUCCGCCCGAUGUUGCCGCACUCAAUGGUGACGGCAAGAACGCAUCGCUCAUCAACCCGUAUGCGGCUGGGGGCACGCUCAGUGAGAGCGAGGAGGGCAGCGACAACCACGACCCGUUCCCCUACGGCCAGGCGAACCACUUCACCCACCCAUUCAUCCCUGAGCGUGACAGCACCAUCCCGCCCAUGUGUCCGGGGCCUCUCAACACGCGGCACCGGGCACAGCCGACGACCAACAAUGUCUACCCUACUGUGUGGGGGCGGGAGAAGCCGCUACCGAGGGAGGUGUUCGAUCAGAUCAACUUCCUCGAGAGAGAGGCCAAGCAGGCUGCGGAGGUGCGUCAGAAGAUGGAUGGGUGGGUCGGUAAAUGGCGGCUGGUGCAUUGUGAGUGUGUGUAUGGGUGUGGUGUGUGUGUGCAGAAGGGAGAUUUCCAGAAUGCACAUCGGCUCCAGCAGCUCCGUCGUCACGUCAUCGACGCGCAGCAGGCUGCGUUUGCCGAGAUGGUGCGCAUCGAGAGGGGCCUGCCACUGCCGCACACCAUGGGCAACGUCACCAACAUCAGCGUGCAGCCACCUGGCCUUGUGACACUCAAACCAGCGGAUAAGGUGAGCACUGCGCGCACAUACUCUCUCCCCUCUCCCUCUCGCUUUCCCUCUCACUGUGUGUGUCCGUGUGUGCAGGUGCAGCAGUUCCGCGAUGCGCUGGCCUACAUGGAGUCGGAGGCCAAGAAGCACUACAAACUCAUUUACAUGCCCGACCGGGCGGACACUGCCAGGGUGGAGCUCGCGGCCAUCCACGGGCGGCUGAGGCAGCUACUCAACAGCUACAAGCACUACGACCUGCCUGCAGAGCUCACUCAUCAGGUACGUGUGUGUGGAUUGGUGCGUGUGAUAGGGGUGGGUGGGCAGGGAGUGCGUGUGCAUUGUGUGUGUGCACAGGCGAAUGUGCUGAAGCAGCAGCUGAGUGGCUUCAAGCAGGUGAGAACCAACACACGGUCGGCACACUCAGUACCUUCCUUCUCUCUCUCUCUCUCUCUCUCCCCUACAGUUCGGCAAGUCCCAUUCGCCUCAGAUGCCCAAGUGGCGCGACGCGUGUGAGAGCUCCCGACUGUUCCUCACCACCACAUACACCGACACCGACACAGACGCUGACAAUGCCGCCCCACAGAUAGUCAAGGUACCCCCCUCCCUCCCUCUGUUCCUCCCACUCAUCUCUCUCUCUCUCUCUCUGCCUGUGUGUGUGUGUGUGUGUGGCAUGUCGGUUCAGCUGCAAGACAACCCUCUUUUGGUGGCCUUCGCCCGCUGCUCCAAGAUCCCCUAUGACAGCGACCUGCUUCUGGUGCAGCAGAGGGUGGCCAAGUGUGCCUGGCCGCUGGGCGAGAUGACGCUCGUGGCCAAGCUGCACCUCAAGAAGACGCUCGAGGUGCUCAUCGACAUCGGCACAGCCGGCGGCAGCCAGAAACUGGCCGACCUGGCCAAGACGAUCGGGUGUGCGGAGAGCGUGUGGCUGCUUGGGCCGCAUGGCCCGCUCUUCAGUGACCAAAUGGUGCGGUCGGAAUUGAUUGAUGGAUGGAUGGAUGGGCGGACACAUGUGUCUGUUGUGUUGUGUGUGUGUGGCAGGUGUGUGAGUUGCGGGAGGUGUUGGGUGCGGUGGAUGUGGAGAUGGUCAAGGGAGGAGGCACAGAGGCCGACACGUCGAGCGGACGACCCGCGGUACGCUACGCGCAUCCCUCUCAUGCGAUGCGAUCCGAACACACAGCGGAUAUCGUUUGUGUGGUUUACGGUGUUUGCAGGCUGAUGUACUCGGUGAUCUCAUUGCGAAGAUCAGUGGUACGCAACACACGCACAGCGACGGAAGGACGACAGGAAAAACCAUCAGCCGCGUGUGUGUGUCGGCCUGUUCUGUAGAUGUGGGUGGUGGUGGUGGUGGUGUGUCGAUCCAGCCCCCCUCGCCCACGGCCGUGCCGCCCGCGGCUCUGGCAUUCAUACUCAACACCAAUACCAAUACCAACACCAACACCGACACGGCCAAUGCAGGUCCGUUUGCGUCUACACACACACGUCAAGUCGACCACGAGUUGAGUGGCCAUCUGUGUCUGUGUGUCGUGUGCAUUUGGUAAUGUUAGGCAAUGGCGAGGCGGCGCCUCAUGGGUCGUCCCCUCCUCUGACGGCCCAGGCGCUUCUGGAGUUCAUCCAGCUCGGCGGCCACACCACCACUGCUACAAACAAUACCCACAACACCAUUCAGGACAUCAACAACACCGACACGGGUACGUCACGUCAGCACACUCGUCCAUCCCUAUGUGUGUGCCGGGGGUUGGGCACUCGUGAAUGCCUGGCUGCGUGUGUGUGUGUGUGGACAGGUGGCAGCGACACGCCCAGCGGCCGGUGGAACCCCUGGACGUCGAAUACCAUACUCCCGACCGGUAAGGCCACUCGCACAUCAAGGGUGCACGGAGCGGGUGACGCCAUCCUCUCUCUCUCUCUCUCUCUGUGUGUGUGUGUGUGUGUACAGGUGUCUGAUGGGUGGCAAGUGGCGGUGUGGGCAAGUAUGGUCGUGGUGGUGCCUGAGCCCCAGUGUGUGCGUGAAUGUGAUACUGAUUCGGUCCUUCUCUC